AUGCAAUUCAAGAUCGUGAUAAUCUUUUCUUGGUUUUAGAUUAUAUGCAAGAGGAGAACUAAGAUAUCAUAUAGGUAAAAUGAGAAGAUUUUCAAAAGAUCAACCAAGUAUGAAUUUGUUAGAAUUUAACGAUUUUUUAAAGCAUGUAUAUUUUUAGGGUUAGAAUUUAUGCAUUCUAAAAAUAGUCUACAUAGAGACAUCAAACCAGAAAAUUUAGUGCUCGAUAAAAAUGGUCAAAACUAAGAAGAUAAUGAGGGUAUGCCAGAAUAACCGAUCUUCGAAUAGCUAGAAAAUUUAAAGCCUUAUAAUUAAUAGGAUAUGUCAGGAACGCCUGGAUAUAUGGGCAUGAUCAUUACAUAUAUCCUUAGCCCCUGAAGUAAUGUGUAGACAGAACCUUACUUUUGCUGUAUAUUACUUUGCUUUUGGAGUUAUUGGAUAUGAAUAUAUGUUUGGAAAAGUAAGCGAUGUUCAUGAAUAACUAGAGACCUUAUACUGGUCGUUCAAGAAAAUAGAUUAGAAAUCAAAUUUUAGCUAAAUAAGUUCAAAAAAAAGAUCUGAAAUUUUUGAUAUUAUGAAUAUGAACUUUAGCACUAUAAUUUGUCAUUAGAGUCAGCAGAUUUUAUAAAUAGGGUAUCAUUUACAAUACAUUUAAAAGCUUAUAUAACCAAAUCUGCAAAUCGAUAAGAAUUUAAUGGUCCUCUUGAACUAUGACAGUAUUCCUGGUUUAAGAAUUUUUCAUGUUAAAAAUUAUUGAAUAAAGAAUUGAGAUCUCCAUACAUUCCUAAUGUAUUAAAUAUUUUUAUUUUAGUAAAAUGAAGAUAAUUUUGAUGCAAGAUACAUAUCAAUGGAAGAUGAUGAAAACAAUGAGCUUAUUUAAUAGCGUUCAAUGAUGCUAAGGAGGAAUUCUAUAUAAUGUAUAUUUUCAAAUCUAAAUUAGCAUAAUAUUUCUGGAUACAAAAUCGAUAAUUUUAGUGA